AUGCCGCAAACACGCUCAGGAAAAUCUAGAAACCAGAAUGACAAAGUGCCACAACAUGUCCAAAGCGACAGCGAUGGCCCUGAACCUGACGACACACCAGCAGCACCUCCGUCAUCAUCAUUUAAAGACCAGCUGAGCAGCUACGCGUACAAGGAACAAGAUAUGACAUCGAACGAGGUCUCGGCAUCGACCAAUUCCGACCGACCGAGAAAGCGCCCUAGAACGGCCACCAUAGCAUCUGUCGGAAAUGCCCAGGGAUCUUCCCGACAGCCGACAAAGAAGCGCAAGGCGGGCCAAUACGCCCUUCCAUCAAAAUACGCCCAUUUGUCUCCACUCGUUGACAUAUUAGAAUCAAAUCUGAUAUGCGUAUUUGUUGGCACCAAUCCCGGUGUUCAAACUGCGACUGCUGGGCAUGCGUACGCGCACCCGUCAAACCACUUUUGGAAGCUACUCCACGCGUCAGGUCUGACAGAUCGCCGCUUGAAGCCUGAAGAGGACCGCAGUCUUCCAGCCCUGUACUGCAUGGGCAAUACAAACAUUGUAGACCGGCCAUCCAAAAAUGCGGCUGAGCUCUCGAAGGAAGAAAUGUCUGCCGGUACUGCCAACCUAGAUGCAAAAUUCCUAAAAUACAAGCCAGAAGCCGUUUGUAUAGUUGGCAAGGGCAUCUGGGAGGCAAUAUGGCGUUACCGCUAUGGCAAGAACCCCGGCAAGAAUGAGUUCAAAUAUGGCUGGCAAGACGAGAAACACAACAUGGGCAAGGGUCCGGAGAACGGGGAACAAGAGUUGGAUGCCAAUGGCAAUUCCUGGAAAGGGUCCAGGGUUUUUGUGACUACCAGCACGAGUGGCCUCGCUGCGAAUCUGACACCUACCGAGAAGGAGAUUAUCUGGAGACCAUUCGGAGAGUGGGUGCAGAAGAGAAGAGAAGAACGAGGCUUCGUGCCCCGGCUAGUGGAAGCCCAAUCUGCUGUUGAAGAGCCAGCGCAACUUUAA